AAUACACCGGCUACUCUCCGGUUGAUGAAGGUACAUAGGGUGCGUCUAAGGUGCAAAAAUGGCGGAACUUGGAAUGGAAAGUAACCGGCUUUAUCGGGAAAUUUAUAUACCAGGUGUAGGAAGCAACAAAUGGAAAGAAAUCGCUCUUAAUACGGGAGCCUCUGCAAGCACCCUUCAAGACAUCAAGGUUGCCGAAAGUUGUGGAGGUUACACAUAUAAACAUGUUUCUGUGACAGCUUCUUUUACAAGGAACCGCUUUAUUUACUGGAAAGCAGUUGGCGAUGUUCUAGAACUAAUAGAAGAAAGUCUGGAUUAUGACCUGUAUGGCUCCAAGGUCAAAUUCCACUUCCAGGACAUGGCCAUUCUGGGUGGGGUCUCGGUUCAUGAGUCCCAUGGCUGGGUGGUGGUGCUAGUACCAACAGUGGCCAGUGUUCACAGGCUUGUGUUCCCUCACCCAAGCAAACUGCAUAGAAACGAGCCGGGGUUAGGUAUUCCUGAUCAGCCUGUUCCUUCAGUUUUCCUGGAUGCCUCUAUCACUAAAUGUAUGGAUGUGCGCAACACCCACAUGUUGAACCCAGCUGGGACAAUCAGCUGUGUCUUCACAUGUGCCAGCUCCUUCUACACACAGGAAGGGGAGGCCUUGUUUGCCCUUGGCAACAAUUCUGGAAACAUUUUGCUGGUGAAACUGCCACCACUUGGAAUGCAGGGUAUAAUUCAGCAGUUUGAAUUGUGUCAAACAUCUGUUAUGCAGAAAUUAUGGACUGGACUUGUUCCAUCUAUUAUGAGGGGUGGCCAGGAGCCUGUGCACACUGUGAGUAGUCUGAUGAUACAGCAAGUGGACGGGGAAGCAUGCAUAUUUGCAGUCUGCAAGGACCAUAGACUCAGGGUCUGGUCUUGCAAGAGCCAUGAGUGUCUGCACACUUGUAACCUCCUGAACUUUGUCCCUGACAACCUGCAGAAUCAGCCCCCAUCUGGCUCUGGACACACCAUAAGAAAGAUGAUCAGUGUCAAUGCAGGGGAUGUAAAAUUUGGAGUCCACCUUAAUUUUCAGACUUCAAAUCAGCUGUGUAUUUUACAACCUAAAGUCACCUCAGCACGGUUGCAGAUAAGUCAAGUAGCAAGUGUCUAUGGACCUCAGGACGAUCUGAUAGACUUCUGCAUGACCAGUUCUGUUCUGGUGUCGCUGUGGACCAGCUCUGAAGGCAAUCAGGUGGUCAGGACUCUCACAUUUGGUGAUGAAGGGCCAGGCUCGUGGCUAGAGGUCCUCCUGGAACCGCCAGAGUUAUCUGACCUGCCCAUACCCCCACACAGGGACCCCCGGGAAGUGUACCUGGAGAAACUGUUUGAGCCAGGUGCAUUCUCAAGAGAGGACAUACGAAAGGCUCUCAAUCUGCAGGUGUACAGUAGAUCUCUGGAUCAAAACGUUAUCGGAGAAGCUAGCCUUCAUGUAAAUACACUUCGACAGGAUGUCACAGUGGCCGUAGAAACUGAAAUCCGGAGUGCAGCUGUAGAUUAUGAAAUGGAGGAGGAGGAGUACUAUCAGUUACAGCUUGAGCAGUGGACGAAGUUCUACUCCUGUGUUAUCCAGUACCAUGAGGUAGGAGGAAAGCUGAAGGGUCUGUUCUGUGAUAGUGUGACGGGACAAGUGGGACUCAUCAGAAAGGGGUGUGUGACCUACCUGCGACCUUGUGACCCCGUUGAGGAGAUGUACUCAGGUCAACCUAACACAGGACCUGAUGGGUUUAUGAUGAAGCUCAGUUUGCAAGAUCGACAUCAGCGGAGGGACCUGGAGCUGCUGUUUGAGGGACUUCACUCUGUCGCCAUGGAGAUGUCAGACGAUCUCUCUGCCCAGUUUGAACAAGAACUGACCAAUAACCAUAACCUGGAGACGGUUGCUACGCAACUGGUGCACAACAUCAUACUUGGUCAUAACACCGAGUACAGUUUGAGCGGAGGGGACUCCAUACCCGUGAAGCUGGGUAUGAUACAUGACCUCUAUGGUUCAGUGAACACUGUGCUGAAAUACCUAGACCUGUCUCUAGACAGAAACGAUGAACAAAUUUUGGAUGAGGUUUUAGACCGGCGUAGACAGCUUGGCCUCAACCACCUGUUGACCAGUGGGGUGGGGGUGAGUGUGCUGUCGGAGUGUGUACAGCAGCUGGCCUCCACAAGGUUCAACAUGCUCAGAGAUCUCUAUCUCUUGCAGACUGCUGCAUUACGGCAUUGUAAUCAGGCUAACAUAAGCCAUGAGGUAGUGCAGGGCUUUCAGAAUGAGCUACUACCAUACACUGCAAGUCUACUGAGGGCAUAUCAGGUGGUCAAGUGGGCCUCACAGACACUGGCUGUCUCCACACAGGCAACCGCUCUGGAAAUGAACAUUCGUCAACUUUCUGGUCUUGAUGUGUCAGACUCAACAGCACUUGUAAAUGCAGCUAUGGGACCUUCACUCAUACAGAAAAUAGAGCACCGUGGGGCUAGUCUCCUGGAGCUGUUCAUCCUGGGCUGUGGAGGAGAGAAGAUGAGGACAGUCCUCUCCUCUGACCGCUUCCUCAUGGACCAGCCCUCAGGGGUGUGGUCAGAAGGCCUUCUCACCAUGGCUACCGCCUUAGCAACACUUAUCUGGCCCCUCUCUGAGGAGACCGUGUUCCCUGAGUUUCUGGUCGGCUACUGUCAGUACCUUCCCCUGCAGUUCUAUGUGAGUUCCCUCCAGCACUGGUGCGAGUUCAACGCCGCCUCGAGAUGCUUCUGGCAGGGACUAGCCUACCUGCACUUUGAUGAGCCAUUGAAAGCAGCCCAGUGCUUUGACCAGGCGCGAGAGGGAGUCACCAGCGAGGCAUUUCUCAGACACAAGCUCCUGCAGACUGAGGAAACCCAGCCCAGGAAGUUGGAGGUCCUAUACUACCUCAAAGUCAUUCGGCAGUUUGAAGAGUAUUCAGCACCUGAUGUUGUAAUAUCUCUGGCAAGAAAUGCCACUGCUAUAGCUGAUGAAGAUGAUGAAAAUUUGCCAACUCUGUGGUCAAAGGUGUUCAAGUAUCAGUUGGAGCUGGGCCACAACUCGGAGGCAUACAACGCCAUGAUAGAGAACCCUGACCCCAGCCGGCGCAAGGACUGUCUACGCCAGCUUCUGAUUUGUCUCUGCGAAAAAGGAGACCUCCAGUCCCUUGUGGAUUUCCCCUACACAGAUCUACAGGAAGAGGUAGAAAACAUCUUGGAAAGUCGUGCACGCUGCAUGGAUCUGACAUCAUACAACUACUAUGAUCUUCUGUAUGCCUUCCACAUUUUCCGGAACAAUUACAGAAAAGGUGGCAGUGUGAUGUAUGAGCAAGGCAUGAGACUGGGCCGAGAGGUGUCUGGGCGUGUGGGACUGCAGCGCCAGGCCCAGUGCUACCUGGCCGCCCUCAAUGCUCUACGUCUCGUGAGACCAGAGUACUCUUGGAUCAUAAAGCCUGCGCCCAGUGCCAGGGUCAAUCUAGGAGCUGGUGAUGUUCACAUGAGAUCCCCUAAGCAUGCACUGGAUGGAGAAGAAUUGAACAAUAAUGGUUCCAAGUUUGAGAUCCUGGAGCUACAUGACAUAGAGAAGGAGUACAUCCUGGUGGACGCCAGACUUAGAUUGCUGGCCAGGGAGGAAGACCCACUCCUUGCUGCAGGUAGCUGGCAGGGUGCAGAUGAGAUUGUUGGUCUCCUGGUGAAGGCAGGCAUGUAUGACCGGGCCAUCAUUGUGUCUCGAGCCUUCGACCUCCCUCUCAACACUGUGUUUGAAAGCCUUGCUCUAAGGUGUGUCAACCUUGCGAAAAACAGCAGUUACCACAUGCGGGGGGACAAUGACUACACAGCUGAGGCCUGGGGCUGGCUGAAGACUAACAACCUGACCCUCAGCAAUAUCUCUACGGAGACCAGCUCCUCUGACGAAGCCUGGCAGCUUCUCCAGCAGUACCUGGACAGGUAUGAGGACGGGACGGCCCAGUAUCACAGAUGUACUGCCAACAAACUGAUGGCUCAUGGCUUUGCUCUGCCUGCGUGGUUUAUCAAUUCAUACAAGGGUCUCAAUUCAGCGGAGCUUCUUAGACUGUACAUAGAUCAUGAUCUUUUGGAAGAGGCAGUUGCCCUGUGUGUGGAAUACAUUGAUGCAGUUAUGGACACAUUUAGUGGACAAGACUGCAAUCUCUUCCAGCUGAAGGGUUGUGUACAGCAUGCUCCACUAACGGUGUGGCUGCCUUACACCAGUAUUGAUCUAUUGAUGGCAGCACUACGGGACCACAGGCAGGAUCUUCAGAUUGGAAAUAUGUAUCAAUCACUUAAAGACAAGAUGACAAUCUAUAUGGGCAAGGUACAUAACAUUUCUGAACAUGUCUGCAAGUCCCAACAUCAUCCCAUGCAGUCAUUGUGGUGACAAUAGCAAUGUCUACAGAAUCGCAGCAGCUUCCAUGGGGUUUCUAGCAUCCUUUCCAAACACAACAUGAUAAUUGAUAGUGACACUGUUAUUGUAUGUAUAUGCAGGGAGGACUCUAUUCAUGAUUGUUGUACUCAAACUUUUAAUUUUAUAUACCUGUUGAACACUCAGGACUUGUUAUCCCCUGCCAUCGGCGGAGGGAUAUUGUUUUGGCGUUGUCAGUCCGCCCCUUUUUCCGUUCGUCCGGGGCCAUAUCUAUGAAGUGCUUUGACGGAUUUCAUUGAAACUUGGUAUAUAUAUGGAUACUAGGAUGAUGCACGCCAAAUGGCAUUGUACACCAUCUGUUAAUAACGGAGUUAUGGCCCUUUGUAUCUUGAAAAAAUGCUUUUUUGAGUGUCAAAUAUUACACUUUUGUGUCCAGAAGCAUAUUGGCGGGGGAUAUCAAUUCAACGAAUUUGCUUGUUUAUAUUUAAUCAAACUGGUGCUUAUAACACUGACAUUCAAAACUUAGUUUGAGCAGGCCUGAACGGAUGCAUGCAUCGUCAUAGUCAUGGUAUUUUUUUGUGAACAACACUUUAUUGUCCCCUACCGGUUUCACCGGAGUGGACUUAUAGUUUGCGCUCUGUGUGUCCGUCAGUCAGUCAGUCAGUCUGUCACUCUUUUCUGGAUCCUGCGAUAACUUUAAAAGUUCUUAAUAUUUUUUCAUGAAACUUGAAACACGAAGAGAUAUAUAUG